GUUCCUCUUCCUUUCCCCGUGCAGGGUGUGGCUGGUGAGUGUGGCUGGAGAGGCUUCAGGUCCGUGCACGCUAAAGCCAGAUUCAACGCGACCUCAAAGCUGCCUUUGUACAGUAAAUUCAUUCAGAGCCGCAUCGUACUGUCCGGCACGCUCAUUCAGUUCUCCAACAUCGCGAUCUCGACAUUAUUUCCUUCUUCCACUGGAGAUCUCGACUCGCCCUUGAUGAUACCCAUCAUACCACAUCGCACCGCGCAACUUCCUUCCUGUUAAUUCUUUCUACCCCAUCUACUUACAUCAUUGCAGGCCAGCUCCCAGCCUACUACAGCUCAACACUACACAUGUACAGAGAUUGAUCGCAAAGCCAAGACAGAGGUGGAGAUGGCGCCCCCUGGGAAGAGAAAGAGACCAGAAAGGUCGUCAGUUGAUUCAGGGGAAGGCCGACCGUCGCCGCACCGCCCGCAGGGUACAAAUCUAGCUCAGCAUGAUAGAGGAUCAGAGAUGCGCGAUGGAGGCAGACGAUCGAGUCGUGGAGGGCAAGGAGGUACAGGCGGGGGAAGAGGAGGCCGAAGGAACGAUCCUCGCGAUUUCUCGAACAAGCUCAAUAUCGCUGGCGCUGGCAGAUCGACACCGACGCCCGGUCCCAUGUCUCCACCCCCUCCUCGACCCGUCAGCGCGGCUCCAACUCCAACAGCUACGCAGACCUCGACACCCACUACCGAAACCCCUACUACUUUCCCCAGACCUGAUCCGGCCCCGUUCGACUACACCUUUCUGACCGAAGAGCGACUUGCGGCCUGGGAUACUAGCCGGCAAGAAGUUACAAGCGCAGGGAGACAAGCUAUUCAAGAUGAAGAUACGACGGAUUUAUCUUCCAUCUUUCAAGAGCUCAUUCGCGCGACUGUGGACGGACGUAUGGACCCGACGGUCGCUGGUAAUUGCGUGAAGAGUAUCCUGGAACUUGAUUUCACCUCCUCAGAUGAAACAACACGGGUCUUCAAUGCGCCCGUCUUAUUCCUCGACAUCCUAUCGAUGAUGCUAGAAGACGGUACGAAAACACCGGCCUUGACACCCUUUGUAAUUGCGACGGAAAUAUCGCCUGACCUGAUGCGCCUCAAUUUCGACAAUGACGCCCUAGAAGCUCUCGGACUUACCAAGGACACAUUCAAGCGCAUGGCUGUUCGAAAGGCUACCAACCAGUUGUAUCGACAAGGGAACUAUAACUUGUUACGAGAAGAGACAGAAGGGUAUUCGAAACUUGUUACGGAGCUGUUCACAACAAGUGGAAGCGAGCCUCCAUCAGGCGAGGUGGUCGAGGAGGCAUUUGAGAGAGUCAAAGGCUUGAUUGGGACGUUCGACUUGGAUGUGGGACGCGUACUUGAUAUCACAUUGGACGUCUUUGCUGCUGUUUUGAUCAAACACUUCCGGUUCUUUAUCAAGCUUCUGCGCGUUAGCUCAUGGUGGCCUCGACAUGGCGAAAUCGACGGAGAUAGACAUAGUGGGCUUCCAAAUUGGGCACUACCGAGCUCCCAAGGAUGGACUACGACUCCUGAAGAAGAAGAGAUCUCUAAGCAGCAGCGAAUGGCCCGUGACAUUUUGUUUUGGGACCGGGCCCGCGUGGUCGGAUUGGAUGCAUUUUUCGAGGUCGGCGGACGGCGUGCAGUUGAUGACGAAACAAAGCAGCAGUGUUUGGACAGCAGUGCCUCGGGCGAUACUGAGUUUGAUGCCGAUUCGGAAUGGAUCAAACACACUGGAACACUUCCACCAUCUGGCAACCGCGUUGCAGCUCAACUCCUGGGCUUCAAAUUACGCUUCUACACCUCCGAAGCUCGCGACGACGAGGAUACAUUACCCGCAAAUCUAAUCUACCUCACGGCUCUGCUGAUCAAGAUCGGAUUUAUCUCAUUGCGAGAUCUGUAUCCUCACCUGUGGCCGCUGGACGAAGAUAUGCCAGCUGUGAGGGAAACGAGACAACAAGAGCUCGCCGAGAAGGAAAAGCUGAGCCGACCUGGUGGUGGAGCAACAAAUGCGCUAACCAUGGCCGGUGCGCUAACGGAUGAUGAUCCAAAGAACGGCGGUAGAACGAGAGAAGCCGCCUCCUCCAAAUCCGACCCUGCUGCUAAACCAACCACCGAACCACAGGAAAAGGAUAAGGCAAAAGAACCACAAGAUCAGAAAGUCCAACUUCUUGUUUGUCUUUUGACUAUCGGUGCAAUUCCCGAAUCACUGUUCAUGCUUGGUCGCUUCCCCUGGCUUCCGGAGGCAUAUCCUGAGCUCAUUCCCCUCAUCAAUCGCAUCUUGCACCACUCUAUCAAAGAUCUGUACGAUGAUGUGAAACCGGUGGCUGCAAACCCUGAAGACGUGGAGUGUCCAACGAAAAGGGUUGCUGAAGCAGACCAAAGUGGAGUGCCGAAGGGACAAGUACGCCUCGCACAGCUACCUGUCAAGAAGCAACUUCGGUGGCCAUUCCCUGACAAGCAUGACACCAACGAUAGCACAUCGUAUCGAUUUUACUGGGACGAAUGGGCUGAUGACGUACCUGUUUGCCGAAAUGUCGAUGAUCUCUUCACUCUCUGCAGCACUCUCCUCAACCUGUCCGGGGUCAACAUUGGCAAAGACGCUAAUUUACUAUCAAAGAUCGCAAGAAUCGGUAUUGACAGUCUGAGGACGGACCGCUCAAAAGAUAAUUAUGACAGAUGGCAGGACCUGCUGAAAAGACUUCUCGUUCCAGCUCUUAGUUUGACUAAUGCCAACUCCGCAGUGGUUAGCGAGAUCUGGGGUAUACUGAAGCUCUUCCCGGUUGCAGUCAGAUACUCUAUAUACGCCGAAUGGUUCGAGGGCCAGAUCUCGCGUGUGCCUGCAAUAAAGGCGGCAUUUGCACGAACAAAGCUUGAGACUUUGAGCACCAUGAAGCGUAUCAGCAAGAUAAAUGUGUCACCAAUGGCACGAGCACUGGCAAAGAUUGCCUACUCUUCUCCAGGAAUUGUUUUUGGCAUUGCUUUGAGCCAGAUUGAGUCAUACAAUAACUUGACCGAAGUAGUGGUCGAGUGUGCAAAGCACUUUACCAGUCUGGGUUAUGAUGUUCUGGUGUGGUCACUCAUGAGUGCUCUUGGCGGCAAAGACAGAAAUCGAACGAACGCCGAAUUUGCCUUGCUUCCCAGCCGAUGGCUAUUAGCUUUGUCGAGAUUCUCAGGCAAAGUCUAUAAACGGUACUCAAUCUUGAACCUCUCACCUAUCCUCCGAUACGUUGCCGAUCAAUUGUAUCGCGGCAACUCUACCGAUCUCGUCAUUUUGAAGGAACUCAUUGCCCAAAUGUCUGGCAUAGUUCCUGACACCGACUUCACGAACGCUCAAAUCCAUGCCAUGACAGGUGGCGAAGAGCUGAGAAAGCAUACCCUCAUCACUUUGUACGACAAGCGUUUUGAAUCUACAAAAACCUCACAACGACUGAUGAGGGCUCUCACGGAGUCAAAUCUCUCUGGGGAGCUGCUCAUAUCUAUUGCACAACACCGACAAGCUGCGAUCUACAAGAUCUCUGAUGCUGAUGCACAUAUCAAGCUACUGGCAACGAUGAUGGACGACACGCAAGAGGCGCUCUCACAAUAUCUCGAGCUCCUUCGCAGUAACCUCUCAGUUGAGGAAUUUGAUCGACAAGUCCCUGAAAUUCCGGAAUUGCUCAAGGAUUUUGGUCUGGAUCCUGGACUUGCAUUCUUCAUUGGACGACCAAGUCUUGCCUAUCGUAGGUCGAAUGCCGCUUCUCCGAUUUUGAAUGGGACAACCAAUACCCUUCCCGAUGUGCCAGUCACCCCUACUACCUUGGCCGAUACGGAAGGGGACAUUAGCAUGGCAGAUGUAAAGCCACUGAGCGCUGAUGGCGGGGAGGCUGACACAUCGAGCCUUGUCAAUGGAACUCUGGAAGAAGAUGUACAAAUGGCGGAUCUGAAGGAGGAGACCCCACCAUCACCCAACAGCGAUCCGUUCCACAAGAUCCUCGAACCAAUAAUUGAGACCGUGCAGACUGUUCUGCCAGAGGGAUCCUUUAGAUCAUUGAGUCCCGAACUCUAUGUCACCUUCUGGGCGUCCGCACUAGGCGAUCUGGCUAUCCCGAACAGCAGCUAUGAGAGCGAAAUCUCUCGGCUGGUUGUAGAAAUCUCGGAAGUGGCAAAGGACAGAACAGAUAUGAGUAGGGCAGGAGUCGCUGCCAAGGAAGUGAAGAAGAAGAACCUUUCCUCGACUCGGGAUAAAUUGAUUGCGGAAUUCAAAGAAGCACUCAAUAAUUUCAGCCAGAAGAAAACACGCCUGCUCAAGACCAAGUCGCUGUGGUUUAGCAAAACUCUCAAUCCAAACUUUGCUAUGGAAGCAUUCCUCGAGAAAUGUCUUCUGCCCCGGCUCUUGUUGUCGCCAAGCGAUUCCGAAUACUGUUUCAAGAUGGUCAAAUUUCUGCACGAGAAUGGUGUUCCAUACUUCCGAACUUUGGCACUAUACAGUCAAAUUUUCCGGCCCAAUCGCCUUCGUGCCAUCAUAUUCGCAUGCACUGUUCGUGAAGCUGAAAAUUUAGGACGAUUCCUUAGACUCGUGCUCAUGGAUCUAUCACGUUGGCACGCGGAUUCAGCUGUGUUUGAGAAGGAGGCCUGGGGUGCCGGCGGAAAUCUCCCUGGUUUCGCGAAGGCUCUUGACGAUAAAGGCAAGCCAAAGGGGUUGGUUGCACACGCUGGUGAUAACGGCUUCAAAAGUCUCCUUCUCCGCUGGCAUACAGCGUUGAAUACGGCUAUCCGGGAUUGUCUGGCAGGAAUUGAGUGGAUGCAUAUUCGGAAUGCGAUCACAGUUUUGAAAUCCGUUGUUGAGGUAUUUCCGGCCAUUAACUUCCAUGGCACCAAGAUUUUGGAGCAACUAGAGGUUAUUGCGAGCAGAGAAAAGGGAACACGCGAAGAUUUAUCACUCACCGGCAAUGCAGUAUUGGUUCAAUUGAAAAAAAGAGAACCUAAAUGGGUAAUGGUGCAGGCGUUUGGUCACGUUGGAUCAAUGGCUCACGCGGCAAACGAUUCGGCAAAUGCGAGUCAAGACAGCGGAAAAGCAGCUGCGAAAUCCCUUCUGAAGCCUACUGCUCCAGAAUUCAAGCCCGGUUCUCGAGCCAGCUCUCAAGGUGUUUCGACCCCCAGGACUUCGGUUCCUGCGGAGGUCGAGGACGGCGAAGUUGACGAUGCGAAGACUUCCCGAGGUGUUACGAAGUCCAGUGAUUCGACAGAAAAUGCACGAGAUACGAAGCGCCUUCCCCCAUCUGCAGCUUUGGAGUCUAAGAAGAUCGAUGUGCUUGCUGAGCGAGAUCGUUUCAAGGCAGCUAAAGCGUUGCAGUCAACACCAGCAAAUGUUCCAUCUCGCCCGGACAUAGGCAGAAACACUCCUUCGACAUCGGUACUUGACAGAGGAAGUCCUAAUCUACCAAGUCGUCCGGAUGCACCAUUCCCCAGUCGUGAUCUCCUCGACAGACACUCUCGUCAUGGGGAUCGAAGAGAUGGUCGAGACUCCCGCCUACAAGAUCCCAGACUAGAUCGCCCGAGCGGUAGACCUGGAGACCGACCUAUCGAGAGACCUGGAGACAGACCUCGCGACUUCCCCGGCGCCGACAGACGUGCCCCAGAACCUGCAUCAAGAGAGUUUGGACGAUCCUCGGACAGAGCGCCCGGUCCAGACCGUGAGCGAAUUCGACCUGACCCACCGCCUCGAUGGACAGCUGACUCAGCUCGCGACAAGAUCGAACGCACUGCAAGAGAAAGAGAAGUUGACAGCGGUCGUUUAUCCCGUGAAAUGCCUCCUCCUAGGCCUUCUGGACAAUUAUCAGACCGUGCGCCUGCCGCCUCAUCUGAGAAGCUGCCAACAGCCAACCCGGAACGACAAGAGAUCAUCAAUCCAGAGCGUGCUGCUCUCAUUUCUGCUGACAAGAACUCUUCUCGAUCAAACUCACCUCGUCGAGGUCGGGAAGAACCGAGAGAUAGAGUUUCUUCAAGACCCCAGUCACCCCGGAGACAUGGCGCCGAUAAAGACCUCUCGGAUGCCCGACGUGACGACCGGCAAUCACGAAACGUUCCAGAGUCUUAUAAUUCUUCUCGUGGACGUGUGGAAGAUGCGCAACAGCCACCAGCAGGUCCGCGAAGUGAUAGACCCAUGGAUAGAGAGCGUGGCGGUCCACACGACAGGCCUGCCUACCAGCAAAAUCAACCUCCGCUUAGAUCUGUUGAUCCUGACCAUGGCCGGUUGAACGCUGUAACCAGACCACAGCCAGAUCCCAAUUUCGGUCGUCUUUCAGCGCCUGCUCAGGAUAUCCCGUCUGGACCCCGUGAUAGAAACGGCCGAGGCAAUCGCAUGGGAAAUGCCCCGAUGCCACCCCACCAAAAUGCACGAUCUGGAGACCUGCCUCGCCCCCCGACACCAGAAAAGCAGCCACCUACAGGCCCAUCUGGAGGUCGCCAUCCAAGACGUUCUGCAUCAGGCCAGUUCGACUCGACGCCUGCUGCUUCCGGCAGUAACGCAACGCCUGCUACACCCGUGACACCAUCUCCAGCAUCGACGAUUCAUCCUGAUCGAUUGAAACAACUUGGGGGCCCCAUUCCUCAGCCGCUCGCCCAGUCCCAGGCAGCUUCGCAGCCAGCCGCGCCAAUACACCCGGACAGACUGCGGGCAUUCGGCAGUGAUGAUACGAUUAAGCCCCAACCUCAGUCUCAGAUGAACAUGAACAACAACAACAAUCGUUCAAGACCUAAUGUACCACCUUUGGCAACUUCGGGCCCUCCAUCAGGCCCCAGAGGUUCCCAGGCGAGUCCUAUCCAUGCUGGUCCAAAUGGAUUUGCUGCUCCCACUGGCCCCGCAUCAGCGACAGAGCGUGCUGCUCGCGGUGGUAGACGACAACUUGCUGGUAUCAACACCAUGCUGCAGCAAGCCGGACAGCAGAAUACCCCCGAUAGAAUCAAUGUUCGUGGUCGAGGAAGGAUGAGCUCGGGUAUGGGCCCUGAGACACCGAACUCAGGCCCACCAACUCCGUCAUUACCAAUUCCACCUCCUCCACCCGGGCCUCCACCCGCUCGACAAGAGACUGCUAGAGAUUCCGGGAGAGAUCUCAUAAACCCUGCGCGCGUUGAUCUAAUCACUGGAUCCGAAGCACCAAAUGAAGAGCGCGACCGGGAUCGCAGUGGACGAAGGGAACGCUCAAGUAAAAGCCGCCGGAACUCCAGAAGCCCAGGACGCGAACGCGAGUCGAAGCGCGGUGCUCCCGAGGACGAUCGUUCCCAAAGAAGUGAUUAUCGUGACCGCAGUGACCGCAGAGCAAAUGAGCGGACCGAGCCAGAGAAGGAUAGACACCAGAGUAAAUCGUCGCCCGCACCAUCGAGGGAUUUAAUGGCCAGCAGAGAAUCGACGGGAGGCAGAGAAGGUGGCAGAGAUCGAGAGCGUGGAGACCGCGAGCGAGACGGCAGUCGCAGGGAUGGUAGAGAACAUACUAUUCGUGACCCUAAUUCCUCUUGGACUGGCGAGCGUGGAGCAGAGCGCGGGCAUGAGCGUGGCGACAGAGGGAAUGAGAGAGGAGGUAGUAGCCGGAGUAUUCGAGACACACGCAGCAGCGGUGAUCUUCGAGGCAGCGGGGAGGAGCGUCGAGACGGGCGAGGAAGCAGAGAAGAUGGGGGCGGCAGCGGUCGAAAGCGACGCAGCGAUGAGGGCGGCAUGGAAUCCCGAAGUGGCCAUGACAAGAGAGUCCGCCGAUGAAAUUGGAGCAAGAACCGCAAUACUGGAGGAGACACGAGGACAUAUAUAUGCAUCUAGACCAUGCAUUUGUUCGGUUUGAGGUUGAUUGGUUGAAGUGAUAAUUGUACGAUGUUUGGAGAUAUUUCCUUUUUUGCGAAUCAUCGACCGAUCGAUUGGAGGCGAGGCACGGCGAGACGAGCAUUUCAGGCGUUAGCGAGUCGAAUCGAUAUCAAUCAAUACAAUGCGAACUCAAUACAUUGCGAAUCUAGCAUUCUCAUGGCGCGAAUCAUUGUUGGAAUAAAUGCGUAAGAUUUGAGAUCAAGGUCCAGAGACCAGAGUUAGGCGUAAGGAGUAAUUGUGAGAGAACUUUCUCGAAGAAAAAAAGGUGCAGACUCGAACUGAAUUGGGAUGACGAAUCCACCAUAUUUCGUAUGCUGUAUGAAUCAAGUGGCAUAGACCACACCUUGGUAUGUGGGAUAAUUGUGUAGCAUAGCGGGAUUGGAAUAGUGCCAAAUACAUGAGGUUUUGUGAUUG